AUGAUUACUGAGACUGACACAGUUCAGUCGUAUCCUGAUCAUCCAGACAGAUUUGAUAAUGUGUUUCAGGUGUUGUGUAGAGAGAGUGUGUGUGGACGCUGUUACUGGGAGAUUGAGUGGAGUGGGAUUAAUGUGUGUAUAUCAGUGUCAUAUAAGAGCAUCAGCAGGAAGGGAGGUAAAGAGUGUGUGUUUGGAUCUAAUGAUCAGUCCUGGAGUUUGAUCUGCUCUCCCCUCAGUUACUCAUUCAAACACAAUAACAUAGAGACUGAUCUCUCUGUGAAGUCCAUCAGCAGCAGAAUAGGAGUGUUUGUGGAUCACAGAGCAGGAACUCUGUCCUUCUACAGCGUCUCUGACACAAUGAGCCUCAUCCACACAGUCCACACCACAUUCACUCAGACGCUCUAUCCUGGGUUUAGUGUUUGGUUUGGAUCAUCAGUGAAACUGUGUUGAUGAAUCAGAAUAGACUGAUGAGAGAUUCUACCCAUAAUGCUUUGAGCUGCAUGAUGAAUCAGUAACAGUGAGAUGUUUCCUAAUGUAAAAAUGGGUGCCACCAUUUUAUAUGGGUUUAGCUUUCGGUCUCUUUGCAUCCAGCUAUUUUUAUCUGUACAAAUUCUAGUACAGAAUAGAGUCUCUUCUUUUCUCUUCAUGACAUUAAUACCGCAGCUGAACUUCUGUGAAAUAACAGUCAGAAUAAAUGUGUAAUAAAUCCUCAUACAGACAGAAUAGCAGCACACUUCCUGUGAAAACACACACACACACACACAAACACACACACACACACACACAAACACACACACAGCAGCUUCUCUGAGUGACAUUUAAUCAUAAUAUUGUUUUAUGAUUGUGUGGUUUUUAGGUAUAUUUCUCUUCAUGAGUAAGAGAUCAGAGAAUGUCUCCAGGUUUUUACCGUCACACGAUGAUGUUGUGAAGCAGAUAUUUUCCAUUACUUUGGUUUGAUAUAAUAACACUUGUUGGGGAAAUCUGAGCAUUGAAACACACACAACUAAUAUAAUUUAAUAAAUCCUGCCCAUUUGAUCAUCACUUGUCUCCUGCGUUCUGCUCUGGAUGACAGAAGACUUUGAGUUAACACAGUUUUGAGUCUCAGACAAAACACAGGAUCUGACAGGAUCUGGUGAAAGUGCAGUCAUCAGGAUUUUGACACAAUUUUGACACACACACACACACACACACACACAGACACAAAAUAAGACAAGUAAACAGUCAAUAAUAAAAUAAGAACAAAGAAAUGAAUUAAUGGAAAAACAAAAUAGAAAUGAAAAAAAAGAAAUUGCGGAUACAAUGAAAAUAAUUUUCAAUCUUAAAUUCAAGUAAAUUUCACUACGGAAAUGUAAUAAAGCAAUCAAUAAAACACUGCAACAAUCA